AUGUUUUCUGAUCUACCGUCUACGGGGAAGGCGUUGGGGCAUGGUCAGAAGAUGUUAUUGGAUGUGAAUAGAGGUGAGGUUCUUGAUGCUAAAACUGUUUAUGUGGUCAUUUGUAACCAAACUGAUAAGUUUAAAACCAUUGUGGCAGUAGUUGAUGCUAGUGCCUUAGCUGGUAUAAGGAAACACUUGGAUACUCCUCUUCCUGGUGUGAUUAAAGAGAUUGUUGGAGAAUUAAUCAUGGAUUCUGACAGUAAAGGGGUUAGUUUAAAUCACGGUGACAGAAAUCAGUUGUUAGCGGAUAGACCUGUGGUGGCUUGUGGGGCUGGAGCAACAGCAGUUUUAGGAGCUUCAUCUCUGACAGCUUCACUCAAGAUUGUACUAAGCCAGAUGCAGAAAGUACUGUCUGUUGCCCUUGGUCCAUCUAAAGUUGUGGCACUUGGAUUUGCAACUUCCGAAGCCAAAACAUCGGGUUUCAUGAAGGCAGCUGCAUCUGCUGAAAAGAUUAGAACCGUUACUCAGCGUUAUAGCCUCUGCGGAAAAACCAGUGUUUCAGUUAUGAGGACAGCAUUCUAUGAAAUAAUGAGGAAGCGAAAGAUACAGCGUGUCGGCUUCUUGCCUUGGGCUACAUUUGCAGGAAGCACCGGGACUUGCGUAUGCUUGCUUUUGUAUGGUGAUGGGAUUGAGUUCGCUAUUUGGCGUUAUAUAAUUUUUUUGUAG